UUGCUGACUCGGCAGGGCCGGGGGGUCUCUCUCCUUCCACAAGGGCGACCACGAAACCAGCGGCGCAGAGGAACUCCGGCGCCCGCGGCCGCACAGCCCUAGCCAGCCGCCGGAGGCCGGCAGGCGCCAGCGGCGGCGAGGGGCUGCGCCUGUUCUAGGCUGCGGAUCAGGAGGGGGGAGGAUGUCGGUGCGGAUCAAGGCGGUGGUGGACAGGUUCGUGAAGGAGCUGCAGGAGGCGCUGGACGCGGACAUCCAGGACCGCAUCAUGAAGGAGCGGGAGAUGCAGAGCUACAUCCAGGAGCGGGAGCGCGAGGUCGCCGAGCGGGAGGCCGCCUGGAAGGCCGAGCUCUCCCGCCGCGAGGCUGAGAUUGCACGGCAAGAGGCAAGGCUGAAGAUGGAGAAGGAGAACUUGGAGAAGGAAAAGAGCGUGCUCAUGGGUACUGCUUCCAAUCAAGACAACCAAGACGGUGCCCUUGAGAUCACAGUUAGCGGUGAAAAGUACAGGUGCCUUCGUUUCUCCAAGGCAAAGAAAUGAGAUGUGAAUUAGGCACCGCGAAGCUACUAGUGUGCUGAAAAAGACAGGCAUAGUAAUGGUGAAUGGUGAUCCAUAUCUUUGUCUCAAAUUGGAUUCUUUUGUACAGGAAAUUGUGAAAUGUUCGUAAACUCAGUAACAUAUCCAUAGUAGUUAGCCUGCAUUUCAUAUUUCUAUCCAUUGUGGGGAGUAACCUUAACAGUUGCAGUUGGGGCUGAGAUUAUGGAAGCUUGGUUAGUUUUCUUGCCAGUUAUGGUGCUACUUACUACUAAUUCCCAGCCAUGUUGUUAAUGUUAGCAAUUAGACCAGCUAUAUAUCCGGUUAUAGAUACAAGUUGUCUAAUUGGUCAGAAGCCCAGAACAUAGAACUAGUCUUAUGAGGCUGUGUCGGUAUCCCAGCACUAUGGAGCCUGGAAUUCUGGC